AUGGACCUCACAAACAUGGACCUCACAAACAUCAACCCCACAAACAUCAACCUCACAAACAUCCACCUCACAAACAUCAACCUCACAAACAUCAACCUCACAAACACUGACCUCACAAACAUCGACCUGACAAACAUCAACCUGACAAACAUCAACCCCACAAACAUCAACCUGACAAACAUCAACCCCACAAACAUCAACCCCACAAACAUCAACCCCACAAACAUCAACCUCACAAACAUCAACCCCACAAACAUCAACCUGACAAACAUCAACCCCACAAACAUCAACCCCACAAACAUGGACCCCACAAACAUCAACCUCACAAACAUCAACCUCUCAAACAUCAACCUCACAAACAUCAACCUUACAAACAUCAACCUCUCAAACAUCAACCUCACAAACAUCAACCCCACAAACAUCAACCUCUCAAACAUCAACCCCACAAACAUCAACCUGACAAACACUGACCCCACAAAUAUCAACCUCACAAACAUCAACCUCACAAACAUCAACCUCUCAAACAUCAACCUCACAAACAUCAACCUUACAAACAUCAACCUCUCAAACAUCAACCUCUCAAACAUCAACCUCACAAACAUCAACCCCACAAACAUCAACCUCUCAAACAUCAACCCCACAAACAUCAACCUGACAAACACUGACCUCACAAACAUCAACCUCUCAAACAUGGACCUCACAAACAUCAACCCCACAAACAUCAACCUGACAAACAUCAGCCUCACAAACAUGGACCCCACAAACAUCAUCCCUGUCCUGUUCAGCACCCAAAGCAUCGCUGGCACCCCUGGAGCACAGGGAGCUCUGUCCUCAGGGAAAUUCACCUUGCUGCCUUCAGCAGGGCUGUAA